GUUCCGCCGCCUUGCCGCCCCUCCCCCCGGCCGGAGCUCACUGUCUCCAAGAUGGCGGCCGUGUCAGUUUGGGGCAUCUCCGCGGUCCGGCCCGGCGCCCCGGGAUCCCGGCUCUUUUUCUUCCCGGCAUAAGAAACACAUUUUUCUGCUCUGAAGCUGGGAAUGAGAUAUUCUUGAGUUCUUACAACUUUAUGAAGAGACCCAUGUGUGGUGCUACUGAGAAAUUUUUGGAAAGUUUGAAGACAUUUCAAAUAACAGGUUAUUUUGGUUUCUAAAGUAAAAGCGGGGAGGCAUUCUGUUUUGUGAAAGGAGGAAGGACUCAGGCCAGAAAACUUGUAUGCUAUGGUUAACUGGUUCCCAGCCUCCGAGAAUCUUGUUUUCCAUGGUGUAAAACUUACUCAGCAUCAGGAUAAGGGAUAACGACUCUAUGGAUAUACAGAAUCCUUCACCAUGGUAAAACUCGCUAACCCGCUGUAUACUGAGUGGAUUUUGGAGGCCAUCAAAAAAGUAAAGAAGCAGAAACAGCGUCCUUCAGAAGAAAGGAUAUGCAAUGCAGUGUCUUCCUCCCAUGGCUUGGAUCGUAAAACUGUUUUAGAACAAUUGGAGUUGAGCGUUAAAGAUGGAACAAUUUUAAAAGUUUCAAAUAAAGGACUCAAUUCCUAUAAAGAUCCUGAUAAUCCUGGGCGAAUAGCACUUCCUAAACCUCGAAACCAUGGAAAAUCGGAUAACAAACAAAGUGUGGAUUGGAAUAAACUGAUCAAACGGGCAGUUGAUGGCUUGGCAGAGUCCGGUGGCUCAACUUUGAAAAGUAUUGAACGUUUUUUGAAAGGUCAGAAAGAUGUGUCUGCAUUAUUUGGAGGCAGUGCUGCCUCUGGCUUUCACCAGCAAUUACGAUUGGCUAUCAAACGUGCCGUUGGCCAUGGCAGACUCCUCAAAGAUGGACCUCUUUAUCGGCUCAACACUAAAGCAGCCAGUGUGGAUGGGAGAGAGAGUUGUGAGUCUCUUUCCUGUUUACCUCCAGUGUCACUUCUUCCACAUGAAAAGGAUAAGCCGGUUGCUGAACCAAUUCCCAUCUGUAGUUUCUGUCUUGGUACAAAAGAACAAAACCGAGAAAAGAAGCCGGAGGAACUCAUCUCCUGUGCCGACUGUGGCAACAGUGGUCAUCCAUCCUGUUUAAAGUUUUCCCCCGAACUAACGGUUAGAGUGAAGGCCUUACGGUGGCAGUGCAUCGAGUGUAAAACGUGCAGCUCCUGUCGAGAUCAAGGCAAAAAUGCAGAUAACAUGCUCUUUUGUGAUUCAUGUGACCGGGGUUUUCACAUGGAAUGUUGUGAUCCACCACUCACCCGGAUGCCAAAAGGCAUGUGGAUAUGUCAAAUAUGUCGACCUAGGAAAAAAGGACGAAAACUUCUACAAAAGAAGGCAGCACAGAUAAAACGGCGCUAUGCUAACCCAAUAGGACGUCCAAAAAACAGGUUAAAGAAACAAAACACGGUAUCAAAAGGUCCCUUCAGCAAAGUUCGAACUGGCCCUGGAAGGGGUCGUAAACGUAAAAUCACUCUCUCCAGCCAAUCAGCAUCAUCAUCAUCAGAAGAAGGAUAUUUAGAGCGAAUAGAUGGCUUGGACUUCUGCAGAGAUAGCAGUGUCCCCUUGAAGUUCAACAAGAAAACCAAAGGGCUCAUUGAUGGCCUUACCAAAUUCUUCACCCCUUCCCCUGACGGGCGGAAAGCUCGAGGGGAAGUGGUGGACUACUCUGAGCAAUACAGAAUCAGGAAAAAGGGCAACAGAAAAUCAAGCACUUCAGAUUGGCCCACAGACAAUCAGGAUGGCUGGGAUGGCAAACAGGAAACUGAGGAGCGGCUCUUUGGGAGCCAGGAAAUCAUGACUGAGAAAGAUAUGGAAUUAUUUCGUGAUAUCCAAGAACAAGCACUGCAGAAAGUUGGAGUGACUGGUCCCCCUGACCCACAAGUCCGUUGUCCUUCCGUCAUUGAAUUUGGGAAGUAUGAAAUUCACACCUGGUACUCCUCCCCGUAUCCUCAAGAAUACUCAAGGCUGCCCAAGUUAUAUCUUUGUGAAUUCUGUCUAAAAUACAUGAAAAGUAGAACUAUUCUACAGCAGCACAUGAAGAAAUGUGGUUGGUUCCAUCCUCCUGCCAAUGAGAUUUACCGAAAGAAUAAUAUUUCUGUCUUUGAGGUUGAUGGGAACGUGAGUACCAUUUAUUGUCAAAACCUGUGUCUCUUGGCAAAGUUGUUUCUUGACCACAAAACACUCUAUUAUGAUGUGGAGCCAUUUCUUUUUUAUGUUCUAACACAGAAUGAUGUCAAGGGCUGCCACCUUGUUGGCUACUUUUCUAAAGAAAAGCACUGCCAGCAGAAGUACAACGUUUCCUGUAUAAUGAUUCUUCCCCAAUACCAGCGUAAGGGCUAUGGCAGGUUUCUCAUCGAUUUCAGUUAUUUGUUAUCAAAGCGUGAAGGCCAAGCGGGGUCUCCAGAGAAACCGUUAUCCGAUCUAGGUCGUCUUUCCUACAUGGCUUACUGGAAAAGUGUAAUAUUGGAGUGCCUUUAUCACCAAAAUGACAAACAAAUCAGCAUUAAGAAGUUGAGCAAGUUGACUGGAAUCUGCCCUCAAGACAUCACUUCCACACUCCACCACCUACGAAUGCUGGACUUCCGUAGUGACCAAUUUGUGAUUAUCCGCCGGGAAAAGCUUAUCCAGGAUCACAUGGCAAAGCUUCAGCUGAAUUUGCGGCCUGUAGAUGUAGAUCCGGAAUGUUUGCGCUGGACGCCUGUCAUAGUGUCCAACUCUGUUGUCUCAGAGGAGGAAGAAGAGGAGGCUGAGGAAGGAGAAAACGAAGAGCCACAGUGCCGGGAAAGAGAAUUGGAGACCAGUGUGGGAAAGUCUGUGUCUCGAGAGGACAAAGAACAAGAUUCUUAUUCCUCAGUAGAAAGUGAAAAGAAAUCAGAAGUUAUGGCUCCAGUCAGUUCUACACGUUUGAACAAACAAGUGCUUCCCUGUGACAGUCUUCCCGCAAACAGUCAGCCGCCUCCUCGGAGGGGUCGCUGGGGGAGGAAGAACAGGAAAACCCAGGAACGUUUCGGUGAUAAAGAUGCUAAACUGCUCUUGGAAGAGACAUCAUCAACUCCUCAGGAACACUAUGGAGAAUGUGAGGAAAAAUCGGAAACCUCCCAAGAACAGUACACGGAAAGUGAGGAGCAGUCGGGAGCCUCCCAGGAGCAGCCCAGCCAGGACGGGCAGCCAGACCCUCCCACGAGGAGACUCAGCGAGGGGGCUGAGCCCUGGCGAGGGCCGCUGCGUAGGAGCCCCGAGGCUCUGCAGUGCAGGCUGCCAGAAGGGAACGACAGGCUGCCUCGGCGCUACAGCGAUGGCGACAGGGCGCUCCUCAGGGGCUUCAGUGAGAGCAGCGAGGAGGAGGAAGAGCCAGAAAGCCCUCGGUCAAGCUCGCCACCAAUUCUCACAAAGCCCACACUGAAGCGAAAGAAACCAAUUCUUCAUCGAAGAAGGAGAGUCCGAAAGCGCAAACACCACAAUAGCAGUGUAGUCACAGAAACCAUUUCUGAGACUACAGAGGUGUUAGAUGAACCUUUUGAAGACUCUGACUCUGAGAGGCCAAUGCCAAGAUUAGAACCCACCUUUGAGAUAGAUGAAGAAGAGGAGGAAGAGGAUGAAAGUGAACUCUUCCCUAGAGGAUACUUCCAUCGUUUGUCCUCGCAGGAUGUUCUCAGGUGUCGAUCCUCUUCUAAGAGGAAGUCUAAAGAUGAAGAAGAAGAUGAAGAAUCAGAUGAUGCUGAUGACACUCCUGUCCUAAAGCCAGUAUCUCUCUUGAGAAAAUGUGAUGUGAAGAAUUCUCCACUUGAGCCAGAUACAUCCACACCUAUGAAAAAGAAAAAGGGGUGGCCCAAAGGCAAGAGCCGCAAACCAGCCCACUGGAAGAAAAGACCUGGGCGAAAGCCAGGGUUUAGGCUGAACCGGGAAAUCGUGCCCAUUUGUACUCAAGAGUGCAUUGUUGGGCCCAUUGUCCCCACUCCCAAAUCUGGACGUAAACCUGAGAUUCAAGAGAGUGAAGAAACUGCUGAACUGAAGGAAGACUUGCCCUUAUGCGAAGGAAGGAAGGAAGAGGAGAUGCACGUGGAAGCAGAAGAGGUUGAAGAGGGAGAGGAAGAGGAUGCAGCCAGCAGUGAAGUCAGAGUGGCUUCUCCGGUGGACAGCAGCAAUAGUCCCGAGACCGAAACUAAAGAGCCCGAGGUGGAGGAGGAGGAAGAGAAACCCCACCUCAUGGGAGAGCAGAGGCAGGCAGAGGAAGAGCAGCAAGAAUCGGGAGAACAGGAGCAAGAGGAGGAAGAUGAAGCAACUGCAGAGACAAACCAGAAUGAAGACCACGAUGCAGAUGAUGAAGACGACGGCCAUCUGGAGUCAACACAGACAAAGGAGCUGGGGGAACAACCAGUUGGGGAAGAUGUCAAGGAGGAGCCCAGUGGUCAGGAGUCUUUUUUAGGUACUAACAUGCAGAACAGGGAGAAUACAAAGGAUAAAGAUGAAACAGAGCCAGAGUCUGAAGAGGAGCAGCCUUCCCAUGAGACGUCAGUGGUGUCAGAGCACAUGCCGGGGUCUGAGGAUGAUCACGAAGAAGAGUCGCACACUAAGGAAGACUUAAUUGAAUUAAAAGAGGAAGAAGAGAUUCCUCAUAGUGAACUGGAUCUGGAAACUGUACAAGCAGUGCAGUCUUUGACUCAAGAAGAAAGCAAUGAGCACGAGGGCGCCUACCAGGACUGUGAAGAAACUCUCGCGGCUUGUCAGACCCUGCAGAGCUACACCCAGGCUGAUGAAGACCCUCAGAUGUCCAUGGUUGAAGACUGUCAUGCUUCAGAACAUAACAGCCCGAUCUCCUCUGUUCAGUCUCAUCCCAGCCAGUCUGUCCGUUCGGUCAGCAGUCCCAACGUGCCUGCCCUUGAGAGCGGUUACACCCAGAUCAGCCCGGAACAAGGAUCCCUGUCCGCACCCUCUAUGCAGAACAUGGAGACCAGCCCCAUGAUGGAUGUGCCUUCUGUAUCAGACCACUCUCAGCAGGUGGUGGACAGUGGCUUCAGUGAUCUGGGCAGCAUUGAGAGCACCACAGAAAACUAUGAGAACCCCAGCAGUUACGAUUCCACGAUGGGCGGCAGCAUCUGUGGGAACAACUCCUCCCAGAGCAGCUGCUCCUAUGGUGGGCUGUCGUCCUCCAGCAGCCUCACCCAGAACAGCUGUGUGGUCACCCAGCCAAUGGCAAACGUGGGCAGCAGCUGCAGCAUGAUGCAACAGAAUAAUGUCCAGCCUGCUGCGAACUGCAGUAUCAAGUCACCUCAGAGUUGCGUGGUGGAGAGGCCUCCCAGUAACCAGCAGCAGCCGCCGCCGCCGCCACCCCAGCAGCAGCAGCAGCAGCAGCAGGCGCCAGCGCCACAGCCUCCGCCGCCCCAGCAGCAGCAGCAGCCGCAGCAGCAGCAGCAGCCGCCGCCGCAGCCCCAGCCCCCGCAGCCUCAGCCCCCGCCCCCUCCCCAGCAGCAGCCACCCCUGUCACAGUGCAGUAUGAAUAACAGUUUCACUCCAGCUCCUAUGAUCAUGGAGAUACCAGAAUCUGGAAGCACUGGGAACAUAAGUAUCUAUGAGAGGAUUCCAGGGGAUUUUGGGGCCGGCAGCUACUCUCAACCAUCAGCUACCUUCAGUCUCGCCAAGCUGCAGCAGCUGACGAACACCAUCAUGGACCCUCAUGCCAUGCCUUAUAGCCAUUCUCCUGCUGUGACUUCCUAUGCAACCAGUGUUUCUCUGUCCAAUACAGGACUGGCUCAGCUAGCUCCGUCUCAUCCAUUAGCUGGGGCUCCUCAAGCACAAGCCACCAUGACGCCGCCCCCAAACUUGGCAUCCACUACCAUGAACCUCACGUCACCUCUUCUCCAGUGCAACAUGUCUGCCACCAACAUUGGCAUUCCUCACACUCAGAGGUUGCAAGGGCAAAUGCCAGUUAAGGGACACAUUUCCAUCCGUUCCAAAUCUGCACCACUGCCCUCUGCGGCUGCCCACCAGCAGCAGCUGUACGGCCGCAGCCCAUCCGCGGUUGCCAUGCAGGCCGGCCCUCGGGCAUUGGCUGUGCAGCGUGGCAUGAACAUGGGGGUUAAUUUAAUGCCAACUCCUGCCUAUAAUGUCAAUUCCAUGAAUAUGAACACCUUGAAUGCCAUGAACAGCUAUCGGAUGACACAGCCCAUGAUGAACAGCAGUUACCAUAGUAACCCUGCCUACAUGAACCAGACAGCACAGUAUCCUAUGCAGAUGCAGAUGGGGAUGAUGGGGGGCCAGGCCUAUGCCCAGCAGCCUAUGCAGCCAAACCCUCACGGGAACAUGAUGUACACGGGCCCCUCCCAUCACAGCUACAUGAAUGCUGCCGGUGUACCCAAGCAGUCGCUCAACGGACCUUACAUGAGAAGAUGA